UUUAAAGUGAUUCCCACCCCCGAAGUCACUGCAACUCAGUUCAUGACUAACUUCUUGGGCAUUAGUUCGACAAAUAGACGACGCAAGAGGACAACACUUCCAACGGAUAAUGUGAUCGUUAUAGAUGGCUCUGGUUCAAUAAGCAGUUGUGAAUUUGAAAGAGGAAAGGUGGCUCUCCAGAAUUCAAUGCUAGCAUCACAUAACAAAGGCCGUGAUGUAAAGUAUGCUGCAGUUACCUUUUCCGACUUAGCCAGUAAAAACUUUGGGUUUUUACCAUACAAACAAGCGAAGGGAAAGUUAAUGAGCAUCUCUUAUCCAAAUGGCAUGACCAAUACUCAGGCAGGACUGGCAAUGGCCAAGACACUGUUCGAGGACUUUUCAGCAGGUGAGAUGAAACAACGAAAUUCAAAUUGAUCAUCAACUAAAAAGUGCUCAAUGGGUUUACCAGAGCUUUGAAUAGAUACGUAGACUUGAACUAGGUCAAAAACAUUUACUUGCUACUCAGAGUUUCAUGCUUCAUGAGAAGCAAUCAUCAGGCAACUGCCAAAAAGAAGUUUCUUUUUGGCAGUUGCCUGAUGAUUGCUUCUCAUGAAGCAUGAAACUCUGAGUAGCAAGUAAAUGUUUUUGACCUAGUUCAAGUCUACGUAUCUAUAUAUAUAUAUAUAUAAAAUAAUAAUAACGAUAGUAGUAAUAAUGAUUAUGACAAUUAUAAUGAUUAUGAUGAUGUUGAUGAUAAUAAUAUAUAAUAAUAACAGUAAUAAUAAUAAUGAUAAUAUUUUAGUGUUAGAAUAAACGUUUUGAUAUGAACAAGUUCAAUAUUAGAAAAAGUAGGUCGAAAAAAGCUCUGCUUCUACGUCCUUAAUUAAAAACAACCCUCGCUCGCAGUAUGCAAGUGAAAGAUCUUUGGCAUACCAGCAGAUGUUAAUGUUCCCCACAAAUGUUCUCUUAAUAACUAAAUUUUUUUUACAUUUUUACUGCAUCAUUUAUUUGAAUGUUAAACAAAUCGCAUAUAAAUGGCAUAUUUUACAUGUUCUAGGUUGGCGUGUUGGUUCGAGAAAGGUGGUUUUGCUUAUUACUGACGGCCAAUCAAAUAAAGAUAGGCAUUUGACCAUACCCAACGCCGAGGAACUGAAAAAAAUAGGAGUCGACAUUUACGUGGUUGCUGUGGGAUCAAACCUUGAUAUAGUUGAGAUUGUAAAGGUUGCCGGUCCGGGUUCUUUUAAUCUUCAUAGACCUCGAGAUGGCUACCUUUUCAGAGUCCAGGACUACAAUGGAUUCUUGAAGAUCACGAAACUGGUUGUGCAA